AUGAACACGUUAAAACUUCCUCCGGCAUUCCACCUCCGCUUCCCUCCACCACAUGUCCCUCCCCCGCCGUUCUUCCGCCGCCACCAGCACCAUCUUCUUCUCCUUCGAACUCCACUCUUUUCCACUCAUUCUUCUGCCUCUUCAACCACCGCACAACAACUGAAUUUCACCAACCAAGAAUAUGAAGAAUUAGAGGACGACCCAUACGACGUCGCUUCCCUCCCAAACCCUCACUACGACUUCACUCCCCUCCUCACCUUCCUCUCAUCCUCCCAGUAUAUCCCUAAAUCUGAGCCCGACCCGCCAACCCGACUCGACCCGGCGGAGCUUCAACUCGCAGAGUCAUACCGAGCGGUUCCUGCCCCUCUGUGGCAUUCCCUCAUAAAAUCCCUCUCCUCGUCCUCUUCUACAAUAUCUGCCGCGUACUCUUUAGUCACCUGGCUUCAAAAACACAAUCUUUGCUUUUCAUAUGAACUUCUGUACUCCAUUCUCAUCCACGCGCUCGGACGCUCCGAGAAGCUCUACGAAGCUUUUCUUUUGUCACAGCGUCAGACACUAACCCCAUUGACAUAUAACGCACUGAUUGGGGCUUGCGCGCGCAAUGGUGAUCUCGAAAAGGCCUUAAAUUUGAUGCAAAAAAUGAAGGGUGAUGGUUACCAAUCUGAUUUUGUGAACUAUAGUUUGAUUAUUCAGUCACUUAUAAGGAAUAAUUCUGUAGAUGCAGGGAUAUUGGAAAAAUUGUAUAAUCAAAUGGAGGCUGAUAUGAUUGAGUUAGAUGGGCAGUUAUUAAACGAUAUAAUUGUGGGGUUUGCUAAGGCUGGGGAUAUAAACCGUGCAUUAUACUUUUUGGGAGCGAUUCAAGGGAGAGGGCUGAGUCCAAAGACAAGUACACUUGUGACAGUGGUGAAUGAGUUAGGGAAUAUGGGGAGGAUUGAGGAGGCCGAGGCAGUUUUUGAAGAAUUGAAGGAGGGCGGUUUAAAACCUAGAACAAGAGCUUAUAAUGCACUUUUGAGAGGGUAUGUGAAGGUUGGUGCUUUAAAGGAUGCAGAAUAUGUUGUGUCAGAGAUGGAGGAGACGGGGGUUUUGCCCGAUGAGCAAACAUAUAGUUUGCUUAUUGAUGCAUAUGCAAAUGCCGGGAGGUGGGAGAGUGCAAGGAUUGUGUUGAAGGAGAUGGAGUUGAAUGAUGUUAAGCCGAAUUCUUAUGUUUUUAGCAGGAUCUUAGCAAGUUAUAGGGAUAGGGGAGAGUGGCAGAGAUCAUUUCAAGUUCUCAAGGAGAUGAAGAAUUGCAGGGUAAAUCCUGAUAGGCAGUUUUACAAUGUGAUGAUUGAUACAUUUGGGAAGUAUAAUUGUAUUGAUCAUAUGAUGGCUACAUUUGAGAGGAUGAAAGUGGAAGGGAUUGAACCAGAUACUGUGACGUGGAAUACACUUAUAGAUUGCCAUUGUAAACAAGGGCACCGUAAUCGGGCGGAGGAAUUGUUUGGGGAAAUGCAGGAAAGUGGUUGUUUGCCUUGCACCACGACAUACAAUAUAAUGAUAAAUUCUUUCGGAGAGCAAGAGAGGUGGAAUGAUGUGAAGGAAUUGUUGGGAAAGAUGCGGAGUCAGGGACUAUUACCCAAUGUUGUCACUUACACAACACUCAUUAAUAUAUAUGGAAAGUCGGGCAGAUUUAAUGAUGCAAUUGAGUGCCUGGAGGUGAUGAAGUCUGCCGGGUUGAAUCCAUCUUCCACCAUGUAUAAUGCACUAAUCAAUGCCUAUGCACAGAGGGGAUUAUCAGAGCAAGCGGUAAAUGCAUUUAGAGUCAUGAGAGGAGAUGGUCUUAAACCUAGCUUAUUAGCUCUCAAUUCAUUGAUCAAUGCAUUCGGCGAGGACAGGAGGGAUGCUGAAGCCUUUUCUGUGUUGGAGUACAUGAAAGAAAAUGACCUGAAGCCAGAUGUUGUCACAUACACCACACUCAUGAAAGCAUUAAUUCGCGUUGAGAAAUUUGAGAAGGUUCCUGAUGUUUAUGAAAAAAUGCUUCUUUCUGGAUGCACCCCAGAUAGAAAGGCCAGAGCAAUGUUAAGAUCUGCUCUCAGAUACAUGAAGUCAACACUGCAAUCGUAG